AUGAGACCAUGCAGACAUGAUUUUGCAAGAGUAAAAUAUACACAAAAUUUAUUUUUAUUCAAUUCACUUGCUUCAUGUCUGAGGAGAUUAUGGUUCAUUCCAUCUACAAUGCGAAAAGUUUUGAAAAGCAAAGGAGAGAUGUUGACAAUAACACAGCGUACAAGCAUUGUGACUGAGGCGAACAUUACCAGGAAACCAUUUGACUAA